ACCAACGACAAGCGUGCAAUAGCACGAGCUCGAGCAAACCAGGAAUCUGUUUCUCCAAGAAGAAGGGGCAAAGAAUGGAAGUACAGGAAAACAGUCAAAAAGCCGCCCCCAAAAACCGAAGCGGACUAUGAAGAGGAAGGCGAAGAAGAGGAAGAGGAGGAGGUGGAAGAGGAGGCAGAGGAGGAGCAGCAGUCCAGGAAAAAACAAAAGACAGCAGAUAAGAAUCGUAAGAAAGAGAAAGAAAGAGAACGGGAAAGGAAAGAAGAGGAAAAAGUGGAGAAGGGGGGACGAAAAAAGGAGGAGGGUAAGGCAGAAAAACAGAAAACGAGCGACAGGGAACAGGAGGAAGAAGGAGAGGAAGACGACGGGGGUGAGGAAGAAGAAGAGGAAGAAGGAGAAUCUGGAAAGGAAGCAGAAAGUAAGGAGGAAGACGAAAAGGUAA